AUGGCGGACAAGCAACCCACUGCCGGCGAUGCGCCUGUCGACGCUGCCGCUGCCGCUGUUUCCAAGCUGCACCUUGACGAGGUCACCGGCAAGAUGGUCUCCAAGACUGAGCUCAAGAAGCUACAAAAGGCCCGUGAGAAGGAGGCCCAGAAGAAGGAGAAGGAUGCUGCCAACAAGGACAAGAAGCCCGCGCAGGCCGCUGGCAAGAAGAAUGCUGAGGCUUCCGAGAAGGAGCUCACUCCUAACCAGUACUUUGAGAUUCGAUCAAGAGCCGUCAACGAGCUCCAUGCCCAGGGCAAGGCUUACCCCCACAAGUUCCAUGUUACAUAUGACAUCCGCAAGUUCGCCGAGGAGUUCUCCAACCUCAAGAACGGCGAGUCCGACACAACCAAGAAGAUUGCUCUGGCUGGCAGAGUCUACGUGAAGCGGUCAGCUGGUAGCAAGCUGUUCUUCUACGAUAUCCGCUCCGAGGGUACUCGUCUCCAAGUCCUUGCCCAGGCCGACAACCGCGAAGAGGGCACUCCCGAGUUUGACGAGCAGCACAUCAACCUCCGCCGUGGUGAUAUUAUCGGCAUCCGUGGUUACCCUACCCGAACCAACCCCAAGACCAAGCAGGGAUCUGGCGACUUCUCUGGCGAGCUUUCUAUCGCCGCUGUCGAGGUCAUCCUCCUGUCACCAUGCUUGCACCAGAUUCCCGAUGACCACUACGGCUUCAAGAACCCCGAGCAGCGAUUCCGUCAGCGAUAUCUCGAUCUGAUGAUGAACGACAAUGUCAGAAAUGUCUUCCUCACCCGCGCCAAGGUUGAUUCCUACAUCCGUCGCUGGUUUGACGACCGGGAUUUCAUCUCAGUGCAAACCCCCAUGCUCAAUGCCAUUGCUGGUGGCGCCACCGCUAAGCCAUUUAUUACUCACCACAACGAUCUCAACAUGGACAUGUUCCUCCGUAUCGCUCCCGAGCUGUACCUCAAGAUGCUUGUUGUCGGUGGAUUGAACCGAGUCUACGAGAUGGGACGACAGUUCCGAAAUGAGAGCAUGGAUUUGACCCACAACCCUGAAUUCACCACUCUGGAGUUCUAUAUGGCCUAUGCCGAUUACUAUGACCUCAUGGACAUGACCGAGAGCCUUGUUACUGGCCUCGUCAAGCACAUCCACGGCUCUUACAAGACCAAGUACCACACCAUCAACGGCGAGGAAAUCGAGAUCAACUGGGAGGGCCCAUGGCGCCGAAUUGAGAUGAUUUCCACUCUGGAGGAGUGUGUCGGCGAGAAGUUCCCUCCUGCUGACGAGCUCCACACCGAUGAGGCCAAUGUGUUCCUCAAGAAGAUCCUGAAGAAGACUGGUGUCGAGUGCGGCGCUCCUUUGACCAACGCCCGCAUGCUGGAUGCCCUUGUUGGAGAGUUCUUGGAGUCUCAAUGCACUAACCCUACCUUCAUCACUGGUCACCCCAAGAUGAUGUCCCCUCUUGCCAAGAGCUCUCGCAGCAUUCCUGGCCUUUGCGAGCGAUUCGAGGCUUUCGUCUGCAAGAAGGAAAUUUGCAAUGCCUACACCGAGUUGAACGUUGCCACGGAGCAGCGUGAGCGAUUUGAGGAGCAGGCCCGACAGAAGGCCCAGGGUGAUGACGAGGCUCAGGGCGUCGAUGAGACCUUUUGCAAGGCCCUCGAGCACGGUCUCCCUCCCACCGGUGGUUGGGGUAUGGGCAUUGAUCGAAUGAUGAUGUUCUUGACCGACAACUACAGCAUUAGAGAGGUCCUGGCUUUCCCUACCAUGAAGCCAGAGCAAAACAGCGUCCCAUCUGACAAGCCUGCUGUCGCCCAGGAGGCAUCGACAUCUGCGAAUUAA